CUGCAGCGGCUGUUGCUGAAGCCACGCAGAGAGAGGAGCCGUGUGCGAAAAAUCACUGGCACUGGCAAGAGUUGAGCUCUACACGCUCGGAUUUUCCUCCUUGUUGCCGAGGACGACGUUGUCAAAACCGGGAUUAGCGGUAGAACCGACCGGGCGCAGUUCGGCGUCUGAAAGGAAAGUUGGCUGCAGCCUUAGAACGCCCUGUGUCUCUGUCUGAACCAGCGAGUUCUCGUCCUAUAACACUCAAGACAACAGGGAGCCACAUAACCUGGCAGGUUCCAGCAGUAGCUGCUCUCUGCUUCACCACCUUGGACUCCAUGGCUGCCACUGCUGCUGCUUGAUACACUGCACUGUCCAGUAUCCCCCACGUUUGAGGCUUGAGCAGUGUUCAUCAUUGCUAUACUACAGCUCCUGUAGCCUGUUGCUUAAUGGCGGGGUUUCCUGUUCAUUGACCAAGAAGGCUGCCUUACUGGACCAGCAGCCAUGUCUGCCUGCAGCACAUUCACCGAGCACGUGUGGAAACCGGGCGAGUGCAAGAACUGCUUUAAACCUAAAAGUCUGCACUGUCUGAGUCAAAGUGGUGGAGGGAAGCCUCCCUCUGAGCAGAGGCCUCCAACAACUCAGCAACAGAAUCCACCCCCUGCUGGGGCCAGGGCCAACCCUAACCUUACCAACAACUCUCAAAGGGCUGGCAGUGGGUCGGCCCGCUCAGGACACUUCCGCCCACCGGUGGCUAAGAAGCCAACCAUUGCUGUUAAGCCUACUAUGAUGCUGCCCUGCUCCUCUGCAGGACUAGAUUUAGAUGGCAACUUGCAGCAACCACCGAAUGUAGUAGAACAGGGCAAAACAUCUGCCUUCACAGUCUGGAAUCGCAAUGGACUGAACCGUAAGAGGCCUGGUGGGCCAAGCAACAACAACGAAGGAGAGGAUGGCAACGAAGAGAUUGAGGGUUAUGGGCAACUUAGCCCAAGGACCCCUAGCGGAAAUAACAACAGUGGGCUGGCAGAUGUCCUAAAGGAGAUUGCUGGGUUAGGCCCUGGACCUAGCCCCACGCCCAUUUCAGGUUCCAAGGACAUGUUUUGGGGACGAAUCAGUAGUUCAUACCAACGAUCCUUGGAAAGAGGCCUUCCAGCCUCGAGCUGUCUGGCCAUGGGAAGCAUCAGCAGCAGUGGCGGUGGUGGCACUGCUCAAAAACGGGUAUCCCUUAGUGACAGCACAGAGAUUAUCAGCACAGAGGGUGGUCGCUUUUGCUACCCAGAGUUUUCCAGUGGAGGUGAAGAUGAUGAGGAAGAAGAGGAUGAGGAGGAAGAGACUGAAAGAGAUGAUGAUGAACACGAGAGCUGGGAUGAAAGUGAUGAAGAGUUACUAGCCAUGGAGAUCCGUAUGCGAGGCCAACCACGAUUUGCUAAUUUCCGUGCUGCCACAUUGUCUCCAGUGCCCUUUGCUGCCGGGAAAAAGUGGAAUACUGUGCCACUUCGCAACCGCUCACUACAGCGGAUUUGUGCAGUGGACUAUGAUGAUAGCUAUGAUGAGAUCUUAAAUGGAUACCCCUCCAUGGACUCCAAUGGAGGUCUUCUUCCCUAUGGCCCCCAUGACAUGCAAGGCAGUGGUUUCCUAUCAAAUUCAGAGUCUAUUACUUCUCCAGAAUCAUCAUCAUCACAACCAGAGGAUUCUCGAACAACUUCCAGCAGUGGGAGCUGUGCCCCAUCUGCUUUUCGAAAUGGCCUGCAUUCUCCCAGCUCCCCUAAGGCACUUGCCCCCUGCACUUCUCCAAAAAAGGAGCCUGUCCACAGAGCACUGAGUCCACUCAAGGUGACUGAAACACACAAGGCUGUUCUGGCCAUUAGAUUAGAAGAUCAGGAUGGCAGAGAAGGGAUGCCAAUGCCCCAGGCCCUUCCAGGUCAACCAGUCACUAUCAGUUUUAGUCCCACUGAGGAGCAAGCGAAACCAUACCGUGUAGUGAAUUUGGAAAAAUCACUGAUCUGUAAGCCUUACACUGUAGUGGAUGUAUCAGCAUCCAUGGCCAACAAAGAUGAACAAAUUGCAGACUCUACUCCAAAACCUAAAAACCUGUCAAUGCCUUCUAGCCCUACAUCAUUCUGUAGCACUCCUUUAGGUCAGCCCCUGUCUCCAGUCUCCCCUACUUCUCCAUCUUCUCCAGUGAUGCCAACAUCACCCUCGUCUGUUGCUCUGCCAGGUACCUCCCGAAAGAAAUCAGGGAGUAUACGCUACCAAGAAGUGUGGACAUCAAGCACAAGUCCUCGCCAAAAGAUACCUAAAGUGGAUCUGGGUGUUGGGAGUACUCCUGGUCCCUCCAUCUCUACACAACAACACUGCAGCCACAAGUCAGCUCCCACUUCUCCCAUUGCUGGGCUGUCUUCCUCCCGAACUGUACCUGUGAAAUCCCCCAACUUAUCAGAGAUAAAGUUCAACAGUUUCAAUAAUGCAGGGAUGCCUCCUUUUCCCAUUAUUAUUCGAGAUGAGCCAGCCUAUGCCCGCAGCUCCAAGAAUGCAGUCAAGGUACCUAUUGUUAUCAAUCCAAGUGCAUAUGACAACUUAGCUGUAUACAAGAGCUUCUUGGGACUCAGUGGGGAACUCCCACAGCCGAAAGGGGUAGGUAGUAGGGUAGCAAGCCAUACAUAUGAAGAGAUUGGAUCCUCUGAGAGUGUCCAGUCCUCCUCAACAGAGAAAACUAUCUCUGGUAGAGGCACAUCAGAGAGAGCCUCUUUUGAAGAGACAAAAGCUCCGCCUGAAGCAGUGUCAAAAGCACCAAAUUUACAACCUAGAACCACUACAGACUCCAGCACUGUGACAAGCACUGUGAUGAGCUCCACAUUUGGGGCCCUCUCUCCCACUGUACCAGCAAAUUCCCCUGCCAUUCUUGCCGUUACUGCAAACCUACCUAAAUCCAGCCCCAAUGCCAGUGCUGUUACACGCACUUGCAAGACAAGUGGAGACACUACUUGCAGUAAAGAUGAUGACACAGACUUAGCUUUGUCUUCAGGGGCAGUGGUAAGCCACAGGGAGGAGGCCAGUGCUAUACUUUCACAGAUUGUGGCCUCCAUCCAGCCUCCCCAGUCUCCUCCAGAGUCACCCUCUGAACAAGCCAAGACCUUCAGUUCUGAGGAGUUGUAUGCCCUUCCACCUGAUGCCAUGAAGGAGACCCUCACCCGACCCAAGUCUCUGUUUUCCACAACUGAUGGUUGUCUUUCCAAGCCCAAGAAGGACACGCCCUCGAAAAUUUUGUCUAAAUCCCAGAGUGCCUCUGCUGCUGUCCCACUCUCCAGCCCCCGCUCAGAGCCCAAUGCCCCCUUCCCCCCUCCUAGAUCUACGUCUUCCCCAUACCAUGCUUCUAACAUCCUCCAGAGGCAUUUCGGCAACUGGACCAAGAACUCUGCCUCCAGUUCUCCUGUACGACCCAGUGAAGGUGAAGGAAGUCCAAGUGGAGAGGGGAGACGUAUUCCAACAGAAAGCUCCAAACCCAAACGCUGGAUCUCUUUCAAGAGCUUUUUUCGUCGGCGGAAAGAUGAGGAUGAGCAGAAAGAGAAGGUGGAGAGAGAGAAGGAGAAGGGCAAGCUGGUCGGGCUUGAUGGAACAGUCAUUCAUAUUCUUCCACCACCACCAGUCCAGCAUCAUCACUGGUUCACUGAGGCCAAACCAGAGGAUCCCACCCAGAAACCAACCAUCAUCUUCACCUACAAACCAGACAGCGGCAGCACCCCUGGUGAUGGAGAUGGAGAAUUACGAGUAGAGGAGUGCAGAGAAACUUCACAACUGACACCUGAUGGGAGUAAAGAACCCAGACCAUUGAGCCCAGGGCAAACACCACCCACCCACAACCUUGGAGUUGAUCUCAUCAGCAAGGACAUCAGCCAGGUACCAGUCAGUGCCAGCAAUGCCAAGGAUCGGGAGCUGCCCGGUGCCACCCUCCUGCCUGCCAAAGUGAAUCUGGGGCUGGUGCUUGGGGAGGGCGGGGAGGGCCAUGCCAACCAGGUUGCCACACCAGCAUCAACCAGCGAGGGCAGCGCCAGUCUCGGAGAGCCAGAGGAGGACGGGAAUCAUUCCCAUCACUCCCACUCUCCCGCCUCCAGCCAGUGCAGUGCCACCUACAGCAACCUGGGUCAAUCCAGAGCCAACAUGAUCCCACUGAAACAACCACGGAACAUCAAAGCAUCCAAUGACACCUUGGCCUCCAUCGACCUAGACAGCCUCGCUGACCAGCCAGCCCCUAAGGCAACGCCGCCACCUCUACCUAAGAAGGCCGUACCCCGCUCCAGUACCGAACCCAGCCUGGGAGGCAAAGAGCCAGUCCAGGGAGCCAUGAGACCUCGGGCUGAGGCCAAACCUGGGGGCACCAACCUCAGCGUGGCCAACCCUCUGUACGACUUGGACUCCACUUGGGAGACAGCUAGUCAGAGCUCCUCUCUCAGUUCUGAGCCUCACCCAGCCCACAACCAUGAAAGCGGUGACUCCCUAGAGAGGCAGUCAGCUGCCACAGCCACCAGCAAGAGCCGCCCGACUAACAGCACGUCCUCUCUGGUUCCUCAGGCUGCAUCUUCUGCACCCAGCGCCACCACUAGCAGAGAGAGGAGGGCCUACCCAAGUACGGAGUCUCUGGCUGGAAGGGGCCGAACAACAGGUAGAGGUGCUGGUGCUGGGGGAGGAGGAUCCAAACCCCAGAGACCUGCUCUUUACAGGGGUUUGGACAGCUGGGAUGAGGUGGUGGGGAGGAUCCGGGGUCUCCACACGGACACGCUGCGGAAGCUGGCAGCAAAGUGCGAGGACCGUUUCAUGGCUGGCCAAAAGGAUCACUUGAGGUUUGGCACUGACAGCUGGUCCCACUUCAGACUGACCACUGGGAAACCCUGCUGUGAGGCGGGGGAUGCUGUUUACUACACUGCUUCCUACGCCAAGGACCCACUGGUCAAUUACGCCAUCAAGAUAUGUCGGAGCAAGGUGAAGGAGACCCAGCAGCAGUUUUUCCACAGCCUCGCAGUGAGACAGAGCCUGCCCGUGCAUUUCAACAUCCAGCAGGACUGUGGACACUUCCUGGCUGAUGUCCCCACCCGCCUGCUGCCCUGGGAAGAGGAAGAAGGUGAGGAGGAGGAGGAGGAAGAGGACGAAGAGGAAGAUGUAAACGGGCUGAAGGAGAAAGAGAAAGAAACUAAGACUGAAUCCAAGACGACGGACUCCAAAGCUCCGAAUGGUAAAUUAGAUGAAAGCCCAGCAGCAGCGGGUCACAUGAACACCGCCGGUCGCUUGAGGAGCCGAGUGGUGGUCAUCACACGUGAGGUGCCCUUCCAGACGGUGGCGGAUUUUGUCAGAGAAGGCGUGGCCCGGCACACUCAUAACCCGGAGCUGUACGAGCGCCAAGUCUGUCUCCUCCUGCUCCAGCUGUGCUCCGGCCUGGAGCACAUGAAACCUUAUCACGUGACCCACUGUGACCUGCGACUGGAAAACCUGCUGCUGGUCAACUGCCAACCUGGCAACCCCUGGAAUCUUGACUUACUCGAGCCCAACAACAACAGCAACAGCAGCAGCAGCUCUGGUGCAACCUCUGCCAGUGCUGCUGCUACUGCUGCCAACGCCACGUGCCCCGCCCGCCUCAUCAUCAGUAACUUCUCCCAAGCAAAGCAGAAGAGCACUCUCAUGGCAUCCGACCCCGGUACACUGCGCGACCAGUCGCGCCUGGCACCUGAAAUCGUCACAGCUACUCAGUACCGCAAGUGUGACGAGUUUCAGACUGGGAUUCUUAUCUAUGAGAUGCUGCACCGGCCCAACCCGUUUGAGGAGACACCAGAGCUGAAGGAGAGGGAGUACACCUGGGCUGAUCUGCCGCCGCUGCCUGUCAGAUCGCUCUAUUCACAGGGCCUGCAGCAGCUGGCCAGGUUACUGCUCACCGUCAACCCGUCUGAAAGAAUCCGGAUGUCCGAGGCCCGGGCCUGCCUGCAGUGCCUCCUCUGGGGCCCUCGGGAGGACUUGUUUCAGGCGCUGGGCUGCAGCAGCACAGGCCCCAUGUCGGGGGCCACUUCCAGCCAGCGCGAGGCUACCCUCCAGAACUGGCUGGACCUGAAGCGGACACUGAUGAUGAUCAAGUUUGCGGAGCGCUCCCUGGACACGGCUUGUGGUGUGAGCCUGGAGGACUGGCUCUGCUGCCAGUAUCUGGCACUGGCCACCACAGACUCCCUGAGCCGGGUGGUGCACAUCCUGCAGCAGCCGCAGCUGCAUCCUCGGUCCCAGAACCAGAACCAGCCGGCGCACGCGGCACCGAACCAAACUCAAACACAUCUAGCACACACCUUCCACCUGACUCAGUCACAGCCACUCUGAGCUCCUCUUCCCAGCUGUUACUAUGGCAACAGAUCCAACUUCCCCUGUGUGGUCCCUCUGCUGAAGUGUGAUGUAAGCUAAUAGUCAGCUUUGGUGUUGCAGCAGCCACAGGGCUCACCUAAAACUAAUCAGCUGGUUGUGCAAUGUCUGUGUUUUCUUCAUGGACAAAUCAGUCCACACAGUGCGAGGCUGUGUUCCCAUCAAACAGCCAGGAGUCAUGAUCAGGGUUAUUCUUAGCGCUCAGAUUAACAGCUGCACGAUGGUCACAGAGUCCUGCAGAUUAAGCGGCUGUCUGACGUCGUUCUCAAAUCCAGUCCAAGACAAAAUAAAACGUCACCACUUUCAGUUUGAUGUCGUUUUGGCUCUAGAGAGUGAACUGGCAGACACAUCCAAUUAAUCUGUUCCUUUAGUUUUUCACUUCUCUCCUGUGUUAUAACACUAAACCAGUACAAGGUUGAAAAGGUUUAACAAAUGUGUGAGGGAUUUUUAGAUUUUUCAAUUUUUUUUCAGCCAAGUUCUGAAAGAUCACAGAGAUGAGAGAUCUAUAUAUUAGAUAGAAUUUUCAAGGCAGCUGUCUCUGUGGUUCAUUUGAGACAGUGUCAAAUGGAAUAAAUUUGGGAUUUUAUAGUAUUACACAUGAAUAUUUUACAGAACUUUUACCAAACAUCUAAUGAUACACCACAGUUAGAUUUUUGUAGAGGAAACCCGAGACAGCAUGAGAAGUUUUUAUGCCAGUUAUUUUGGUUAUUGUUACAUAAUGUUGUUUUCACUCUUGAAAAGACGCAGAUUUAAAAUCUUUAAGAACUAAAAGAGAAAUGAAGGGAGACCAAUUGAAAUGAAGGCAAGGGGAGGAAAAAUGGGAAAGGUCAAAACAAACUUCCUGACGAUGGACUUGUCCUUUUCAAAAUCUAAUCUAAUCACGGUGAGAUAUUUUUUUCAGCUACGUUGAUGCAAAAGUGAAAUAUGUUUUUCCACUGAAGCCAAAGAUCUACCACUGAUGCUCCACUUGGAGAGUUUAAAGAUACUUUUACAAGUUUUUACCAGAGAGGUUUAUUUCAGUUUAUUACAGUAAAGCAGUAAGACAUGAUUUAACAGUGACUAUAUUUAUUAUUGGUUAGUCCUGAAGUUUGCACAGCUGAGACGCCAUGCAGAUCAGUUAAAUGUCACUCUCUGUGGUUUAAAAAUACAAAAGCCAAUCUGCAGUGGAAUAAAACAAACAUGAUAUGCCCUUACAUGCUGUUGCAUGGUACCACACUUUACACUUAUUAACAGGGCUUCGACUGAGGUAGGUGAUGAACACUGAGCUAAUUUUGGCUUUGCAGUUUUCAGAGCACGGUUAACAAGUUUCAGACGCUUUGAAGUUAAAAUGGGACACAACUGCCCUGGCUGUUGGUUUGGUUUCUCUCGUCCGAGUAUGUGCAAUUAUUGUCUUCGUUUCGUUAUUUCCUUUGGAGGUAACAGUGUAUGAGCAUUUUUUGUGCAGUCUUUUACUAAUCCUCUCUUCCAUUAAUUUUGUGGCACAUAAACUGAUUCGUUUCAGUUAAAUCCUGCAACUUUAGAAACAAAGUGAAUCUCAGUGUAAAGAACUUCUCACAGCGGAUGGGAGACAGGGAUGUUUCAGGGACUGCAAAAAGUUCUUCUUUGUCUAUUGCGUUGUUUUUGUCAAGUUGUUUUCGAACGGCUCUGCGUUACAGAUGACAUUUGCACAUUCAGCCUGAACGUUGGUUCUCCUCGAUGGAGACUGAACACGAUGAUGAUGAUGAUGAUGCAGGAGAGACUGAGAAAAGUUCCCGUGAAUUUGAGGAGCUGGAUUUGAUUUGUUUUUGCAGCGUGUGGAAUGUAAACGUGUUGCCUGGACUGAAACAGACGUUUGGACCUGGUCUCAUGCGCUUCUGAGCACUCUCCUCCUCCUACUGAACCACUUUGUUUCACAUAUAAACUCUUUGUGUAAUUAUCAACCACAGCCUCGAAGAGAAACAGCUCAACCACUGAGACUUCCAUUCCUCCCGCCUUCCUUCCCGUCCUCUUGUAGUUGUCCGGCGGCAGAUAGUGCAUUGAUGCUCCCUUGCCUGUCGCUCAACAGAUCUAUUCUGCUUUAAUUAAAGUCAGCUGCGUGUUAUUGAUCGGCACCUUCCAGCCUGGACUCAGUGGAAGCAACACAUGUACACAAGCCUCAGCUUCCCCACAAAAAAACAAUAAGAAACACUUUGAGUUUUAUGCACAUGGGUUUAUUUGUGGUUACGAUGAGCAAACACCUUGAAACACAUCUUUAACUCAGAACUGUACUCUGUGUACUCCUGUGUAAAAUGUUCCCUUGAUGUGCAUCCAAGUGGACGAUGUUUUCAAACUGACACUGCAAAGAAAAAAAACCACGGCUUUGAAUCCACCAGUUUACUUCAUUUGCUCUGGGUUAAGUUUUUCUUUUCAUAUCUGAAAACUGCAGCAGUGGAGCUUGUCACUGGGGGUGAACUUUUGGGAUCAGGAUCCUGUGUUUGUUUUACUGCAGAUGUACAAUACAAGAUUUAAUGGUCCAUGGAGUGAAAAUGAGACAAAGCAGGUGUGAGUUUGUUGCUGCGUUAAAGGGUUUGUGUACUGAGGAAUGUGUGUGGACAGCACUGGUGGCUGUCCUUGUAUUUAGAGAUUUAAGCCUUUAUAUAUUAUAUAUAGUAUAAAUAUAUAUAACCUUUAUGUCUUUUAAUCCACACACUAUUUUGUCGAGUACGGAGCACCUCUAUUUCUGUCUUUAGAGUCAAAAUAUCAUAUAUUCAUUUUUAAAGCUUUACUUGACUUUCUUCAACCUCGCUUGUUUUGGGGGAAGAAAUAGGUGAGUAGUUAUCACUGUCCUCAACAAAGGAUAAAUGAAAAAGAUCUUAUUCUUCAACUGCAUUAAUAUACAAAACAAUGUACAGUAUUUUUACCCCUC